AUGGGAAACAGCAAAAGUGGCUCCCUGUCCAAAGAGAUUUUGGAGGAACUGCAGCUGAAUACCAAAUACAAAGAGGAGGAACUAUGUGCCUGGUACCAGUCCUUCCUGAAGGAGUGCCCCAGUGGCAGGAUAACCAAACAGGAGUUUGAGAGCAUCUACUCCAAAUUUUUCCCAGAUGCAGACCCGAAGGCCUAUGCACAGCAUGUGUUCCGCAGCUUCGACACAAACAGUGAUGGGACCCUGGACUUUAAGGAAUAUAUCAUUGCACUCCACAUGACCACAGCAGGCAAAACCAACCAGAAACUGGAGUGGGCGUUUUCCCUCUACGACAUAGAUGGCAAUGGUGCCAUCAGCAAAAAUGAAGUGCUUGAGAUCAUAAUGGCCAUUUUCAAAAUGAUCCAUCCUGAUGACCUGAAGCAUCUUCCAGAAGAUGAAAACACCCCUGAAAAAAGAGCUGAGAAGAUCUGGUCCUUCUUUGGAAAGAAAGAUGAUGAUAAACUUACAGAAAAAGAAUUUAUUGAAGGCACACUGGCUAAUAAGGAAAUUCUUCGACUGAUCCAGUAUGAGCCACAAAAAGUGAAGGAGAAGCUAAAGAAUAAAAAGCUCUGAUGCCAAUUCUUCGGCUGCACCCCACUCCCCCAUCUCGCCCAUUGCUACCUCUGUUCCACAAUCCCUCUCAAAAAAAAUCAGAGAAAGUUCCCCUGUAUCCUCAUCCUCCCUUUUGGACCAUCAGGUUCAGAGGUAAAGUCACCUCACCUGGACCAAACACCAUCAUAUCUUGCUUGCUGAAUCAGGCAUCUUUAGUAAGUAGCAAACUCCUCUCCUGAUGUAUCAGCCUUUCCUGCCCCAACC